GACGACAAAGAAGAAGAUAGACGAAGAAGAGCCAUUGAGGAGUUCCCUAAAUAUUUACUCGGCAUCCUUCUACAGCAGCAUGGCUGAGGGCUCCGUUUCUGUAGCGGAGGUGCAGAGCUCCUUCCACAAGUUUGCAGUCCAUGGAGACACCAAGGCCACGGGGAAGGAGAUGAAUGGCAAGAACUUCGCCAAGCUCUGCAAGGACUGCAACGUCAUCGACGGCAAGAACGUCACCACCACGGACGUUGACAUUGUUUUCAGCAAAGUCAAGGCGAAGUCAGCUCGUGUAAUCACAUUUGAGCAGUUCAACCAGGCCCUGACUGAGCUGGCUCCCAAGCGGUUUAAAGGCAAGAGCAAAGACGAAGCACUUCAGCAGCUCUACGGCCUCAUUGUCGGGAAAGAACCCACCAACGUCGGAGUCACUAAAGUAGCCAAGGCAGCAGCAGUGGACAGACUGACUGACACCGCCAAGUACACCGGCUCACACAAGGAGCGGUUCGACGAGUCGGGCAAAGGAAAAGGGAAGGCCGGACGCGACGACAUCCCAGACACCAGCGGCUACGUGUCCGCUUACAAGGGCAGCGGCACGUACGAUGACAAAGUGAAAGAAGCAUAAUCCUGCUGAGAAUUUAUAAAAACUCACCUAUAACCUGAAUUAAGGGUCCCAAGAAAACGAGCAAAAUGCGUUGGCUAUUUUUAAAGACAUAAGAAAUGAGUAAAGCAGUUGAAUGGGAUGUAGCAUGUAUGACUAAUAGUGUAUAUUUCUGAGUUGUUUUACAGGGACCAAAGGAUUGAACUGUUUGCUUUGCACUAUGCACUAACACUGUGCCUUAUUGUAGCCGCUAGUGUAAAUGCUCUGAUAGAACGUGCUGCUGUGCUCAUUCACCUUAAUGCAACGGAGGAUUGAUAUCGCUGGUUCCAAAAAACAUGACACUACUUUUACUGGCUUUAUAUUUCAGCACUCUCUGCUACAUGACCAAUCAGCGUUCAUGACCAUUUCCUGUCAUGGAGUUUAAUUAUAUCACGAAAUAUACUUUUUAAAAGAUGAUCUAGAAAAAUGUAGCAAACCAAACUAAAGUAUAUAAUCUUCCUUUUGUCAUCUUGUUGUGAUUAUUAAGGCUCAUAGGAUGUGUCAUUUCAUGUAGUUUUUGUUUUCUUCCGAGGUUAAAGUAUUAGAGAAUGUCCAUUUUUCCCUGAAUGAAAAUGCAUUUAAAGAAAAGUGAAUGUAAAACUCUAAAUAAAUAUUUAUCUUACAUGGA